ACCCUCAACCCAACAACCCAAACAAAAUCUAACGCGCGAAACGUGCGACCCCCGUGCGACAGCAUGGGUAUGUUACUAGUUUUUAAUUGAUGGCUAUAUGGUUGAUUGAGACAAUAAAAGAAGGGGACACGUGGCAUGAUCUAGAGUGUUUGACUUUAGUGUUAAAUUCUUUUGGGCUAUUAAUGGGCUGGGCCUAACUAACAAGGCCCAAAUUCUUAAACCCUACUGGUUUUGUUUCUACUUCAACCUCAAACUUUCUCCCUUUCUCUUCCUUCCUUCAACCUGUAACAAUGGCAAAAUCCAAUUCCGACAAACCCUCAAAAAACGUAGAAGACAUCAACCUCCUCCAAUCCGAGGUAGCUUCUUUCGCUUCUUCUCUUGGUUUAUCCACUUCCCAACCCAAUUCAGGUUUCAACGAUGUCGAUUUUCGCAAAACCAAACCAAAGAAAACACCUGAAAAAACCACAUCCCAGAAUACCCAGAAGCCAAAAAACAAAACUUUUAGCAAAAACAAUGAACCCCAUGAAAAACCCAAAUCAAAACCUGAGCCAAAACCAAAACCCAACUCAAAACCCGAACCAAAACCCAAACCUCCUGUAUUGUCAUUGAAUGAUGCUAAUAAGGAUAAAGGGUAUAACAAGUUUAAGAAUCUUCCAAAGCUUCCUUUGAUUAAGGCAAAUGCUUUAGGUGUGUGGUUUGAGGAUGCUGCUGAGCUUGAAGGGAAGGUGAUUGGGGAAGGGAAGAAGGUGGAGAUGAAGAAUUUGGAUGAGUGGAAGAGGUUUGUGGAGAAAAAGAGGGAAUUGGGUGAGAGAUUGAUGGCACAAUUAGCUCAGGAUUAUGAAUCAACUAGAGGAAAAAGUGGUGAUAUUAAGAUGUUGAUUUCUACUCAGAGGUCUGGUACUGCUGCUGAUAAAGUGUCUGCUUUUUCGGUUUUGGUUGGUGAUAAUCCUGUUGCAAAUUUGAGGUCUCUUGAUGCUCUUUUGGGAAUGGUGACUUCCAAGGUUGGAAAGCGCCAUGCCUUGUCAGGUUUUGAAGCACUUCAAGAAUUAUUUAUUGCAAGCUUAUUACCAGAUCGUAAAUUGAAGACCCUGAUGCAAAGGCCGCUAAAUCACAUUCCUGAAAAUAAAGAUGGCAACUCCCUUCUACUUUUCUGGUAUUGGGAGGAAUGUUUGAAGCAGAGAUAUGAACGAUUUAUUGUUGCACUUGAAGAAGCAUCCCGUGACAUGCUACCUGCUUUGAAAAACAAGUCAUUAAAGACCAUAUUUGUGCUACUGAGUAGGAAGUCGGAGCAAGAGCGCAAACUACUUACUGCACUUGUUAAUAAACUCGGGGAUCCAGAUAAUAAGGCAGCAUCUAAUGCUGACUAUCACUUGACCAACCUUUUGUCUCAACACCCAAAUAUGAAGGCUGUGGUUGUUAAUGAGGUGGAUACUUUUCUCUUUCGGCCUCAUUUAUCACCGCGUUCACAGUACCAUGCGGUUAACUUCUUGAGUCAAAUCCGUCUCACCAAUAAAGGAGAUGGCCCGAAAGUGGCGAAACGCCUCAUUGAUGUAUAUUUUGGACUGUUUAAGGUUUUGAUAACUGGCCCAAGCAGCAAUGAGAAGUUCGAUAAACACAGAAAAGAAAAUCCUAAAGAGAAAAAUUCAGAUGGGCAUUCAGAUUCACACGCGGAAAUGGACUCCAGGCUUCUAUCAGUUCUCUUAACGGGAGUGAAUAGAGCAUUUCCUUUUGUCUCAAGUAAUGAAGCCGAUGACAUUAUUGAAGUUCAAACACCAGUACUUUUCCAAUUGGUUCAUUCAAAAAAUUUUAAUGUCGGAGUUCAAGCACUGAUGCUUCUUGAUAAAAUUUCAUCCAAGAAUCAGAUAGCCAGUGAUCGAUUUUACCGUGCUUUGUACUCCAAACUCCUUCUUCCAGCUGCCAUGUAUACAUCCAAGGCAGAAAUGUUUAUUGCACUUAUUCUAAGAGCAAUGAAAAGGGAUGUUAAUUUAAAGCGAGUAGCUGCAUUUUCUAAACGUCUACUACAGAUUGCACUCCAGCAGCCACCACAAUAUGCCUGUGCAUGCCUUUUCCUUCUUUCUGAACUCUUUAAAGCCAGACCACCUUUAUGGAACAUGGCGUUGCAGAACGAGUCUCUCGAUGACGAACUUGAACACUUUGAAGAUGUUAUAGAAGAAACUGAUAAGGAACCUGUAACCGUAUCAGAUAAGGAACCUGCAACUGUGUCCGAUAAACCAAGUGAUGAUAUUGUACCAGCUCAGAAUGGUGAGGUUGCCAAUUCUGACAAAGAUUCUUCUGACGGUGAAGAUGAUGAUGUUGAUCAACCAGCAUCUUCUGAAGAAGAUGAUGAUGAUAAUGAUGAUGAUGAUGAUGAUCAACCAGCAUCUUCUGAAGAUGAUGAUGAUUUCGAUGAUGCCUUGGAGGAUGAAGAUUUUUCACUUGCAAAGAGUAAAAAGAAUCAUAAAAAAUCAAAAAAAUCAAAUUCUGAAACUGAUAAUGAAGGUCAGAAAUCGCAGGAAUCUAUCAAGAAGCCUUUGUUGCCUGGAGGUUAUGAUCCACGUCACCGAGAGCCGUCUUAUUGCAAUGCAGACCGUGUAAGUUGGUGGGAGUUACUGGUGCUUGCUUCACAUGCACACCCUUCUGUUGCCACCAUGGCAAGAACUCUUCUUUCUGGAGCCAACAUCGUCUAUAAUGGAAACCCGUUAAACGACCUCUCUUUAACAGCUUUCUUAGACAAAUUCAUGGAGAAAAAACCAAAACAAAGCGCUUGGCAUGGUGGUUCUCAGAUUGAACCUGUCAAGCAGCUGGAUGUUAACAACCUCUUGAUUGGGCCAGAGAUUCUUGCACUAGCUGAAGCAGAUGUACCACCAGAGGAUCUAGUCUUCCAUAAAUUCUAUACAAACAAGAAGAGUUCAUCUUCAAAACCAAAGAAAAAGAAGAAGAAACCAACUGAUGAAGAUGAUGUUGAUGAUUAUUUUGGUGAUGAUAUUGAUGGUGAAGAUGAAAGUGAUAAUGAAGAGAUUGAGGAUCUCUUGGAUUCUGCUGAUCCCUCAUUAGGACCAGAUGGUGAUUUUGAUUAUGAUGAUUUGGAUAAAGUAGCCAAUGAGGAUGAUGAUGACUUGAUUGGUGAUGAUGUUAGCGAUGCAGACAUAGAUAUAGAUAUACCCUCAGAUAUAGAAUUGGAUGAUGCUGAUGAUACUCCAUUUGCUGAUGAUGGCAGUGAUGAUGAUAAUGAUAUUGAGAUAGGUGAUGUUGAUGAUGCCACUGAUGAUGAGGAGGAGGAGGAGGAUCAAGUUGACAAAAGAAAAAUAAAACGUAAAACUGGUGGCAAAAAGGGUGCUUCUCCAUUUGCAAGUUAUGAAGAGUUUGAGCAUAUGCUAGAAGAUGAUGAUCUAACUGAGAAAAAACCUUCUAAGGAUAAAAACAAAUCCAAAAGAAAAAAGAUGGAAGAUGAUUCUACUGAGAAAAAACCUUCCAAGGAUAAAAACAAAUCCAAGAAAAGGAAAAAGAAGUUUGCUCAAUGAAGAAGCAUCUCCAUGUAACUGUAUGAUUUGAAGUAUUUUUUUUAACAAGUUUUGCAUGUGGCAGUUAAUCUGUUAUGGCCAUGCACAUUUUUGAUAGUCAGAUUUAUGUAUUAUUUAUACAAAAUAUUCUCUCUGCAUAUCUUUGAGUACUGUGAAUCAAAUUUUAUACUUGGAUAAGAUUGAGAUUCUUAAGAA